UUUAUGUCAUAUCACAUUUACAUUGUGCAGCUUCAUAAGAUAAUUUUCUAUUUUUUUCUCCUUGACAGAACAAAAGGCCUUCCUCCACCUCCUCCUCUGCUUUGACAGGUGUGGAGAUCUGAGGCUUGCUGGAUCCUAAUCGGAUUAAAUGAGCUGGCAGACUCAGUCAGUGAGGAAGGAAAACACACGGCCACCUGCCGUCCUCCCUGUUACCUCUUUGUCUUUUUAAAGAAAUCAAAAUGUCGCUCUUUAUAAAUAAGGACAAGAUGUUUGCUCAUCAGGUCCAUCUGCUGGAACACAAACUGAGAAGUAAAGAGGAGCGAAUAUUGGAGCUGGAGACAGAGAAUGCUAUUCUUCAUUUGAGACUUGCUGAGUAUCUGGGGAAGUUACACCGAGACCAUGGACAGAAGUCCAAUACUCCAAGACACCUCCAGCACCGGAGGUCCAGUCAGACUCCAACCCGGGCUGCUCUGGCCAAGGUGCUGUCUGAUGUCCAGGCUGUGAAACGCAACCUGAGAGAGGUUUGUGCACUCUACCUGACCUCUGCAGCAGAACUGAAGAACCAGAGCCGGGAGCUGCUGGACAAACUGGACCAGGCCAGCACCGGUCUGAACAGAGCCGAGGUUCACAGUAAGUUUGUAUCUUCAGUUUUUCCAGUGCAUACCCAAGCCAAGAUCGAGCUGAGAGGGAACAUCAGGGUUCACUGCAGGGUGCGUCCAGUUCUCCACUUUGACCGCAUCCAGUCCCUCAUCCCCGGAUCAGGGCCCGUGUCAUCUGAACCGGUGGUUUUUGCUGUCAGCGAUGACACGGUGAUGGUGAACUGCACGAGGCCUGGGACGCUUGUGCACAACAAGAUGUUUGAGUUUGAGAGGGUGCACGGACCAGAGGACUCCCAGGAUGCUGUAUUUGAGGAAGUUAGGCCGCUCCUCACAUCUUUGCUGGACGGUUAUAAUGUCUGUAUCAUGGCAUAUGGACAGACAGGAAGUGGAAAGACACACACUAUGAUGGGAUGUCAGACACAGCCUGAGCACUUAGAAAGUCAGCAGGAGGAGCUGCAGGGUAUUAUCCCAACAGCUGCAGCUGAACUCUUCAGAUUAAUUUCUGAGACUCCUGCAGACAGCCACACUGUGGAGGUGUCAGUUCUGGAAGUGUACAACAACGAGGUGUUUGACCUUUUGGCCAGAGACGAGCAGGGCAACACGGCGGGCCAACGCCGAGACGUCAUCACCAUCUCCUCCGGUACCAGCCAAGUCACCGCCCUCACACACGAGCUGGUGUGUAACGCCUCGGAGGUGAUGCAGAUCGUCAACAGUAUCCUGAAGGUUAGGACUCGUUGCCCCACCCUCGUCCGCUCUCACCUCAUCGUCACACUCAGCAUUUCCUCCAAAAGCCGCACUGCUCUGGCUGUGGCUCGCAGGCUACAGAGCGUUAACGGCUCUCAGUGCUCCCGUAAGACGCAGUGGUGGAGUCCACGCUGCAGACGUGCUAAUCCUGCCACCCGCCACUCAACCGACGAGCUUUCUGCAAGCCCCGCCACCUCUCCCUGUCCCUCCCCUUGCGCCUCUCCCAGGAGCAGCAUCUCACAGGCUCCCUUCAGAACCAAACUGCAGCUGGUGGACCUGGCCGGGAGCGAGUGUGUUGGUGUGUCUGGAGUGUCAGGUGCAGCACUACGGGAGGCGUCCUGCACGAACCGCAGUCUGUCUGCGCUGUCGGAUGUUCUGGGCGCUCUGGCUGAGCAGCGACCACACGUUCCCUACAGGAACAGCAAACUCACUCACCUGCUGCAGGACGCCAUAGGAGGCGAUGCCAAGUUGCUGGUGAUGCUGUGCGUGUCCCCGACGCAGCGCUUCAUCACAGAAUCUCUGCAGUCUCUGGGUUUUGGCACUCGGGCCCGUCAGGUCCAGAAGGAUCUGCCCAAAAAGAAGAACCACAGCCUCAAAGUUAAGUGAGACAGUUUCUCGGUACAAAGUCAGGAAGCAGAUUUUCUGUUACGUUUUUAAAGCAUUUUCUUCUAUAAACGCACUCUGUCGUGCUAAAAUCUUUUAUGGACCAGCAAGAACCAUCUAACGGCGAACAAAUCUGCUGAGGAGAUAAAUAUCUUACAGUAUCUAAGGUCAUUACAACAUCCUUUGCAUUUAUUAAUUUACUCAUGUUUACACAUCUAUAUAAAGUAGAGUUCUGUUGAAGCUGUUUUUAACCUAAUGGAAGAUAAAUAUUUCACAGUCUUGUAAGCAGAGUAGACCAUUUGUGCAAUAAUUUUAAUAUCUGGAUUUACGUUGAUGUACGUGCGUGUACAGUGAAAACAAUAUAAACUAGAAAUCACGAGUGAUGAUCUGCCGAGCCAGACAAAGCCAUCGAGAUCAGUAGUUACAGUUUAAUUAUUCUCUUAAAGCUCACAGCUACAUAA